AUGCCGAAAGUCCUGGACGAAGAUCAGCUGCGGCGCAAGCAAGACUUGGAACGUCGUCGGAUCGUGCGUCGGCAGGCCAAGACCGCCGAACAACGGGAACGUGCUGCACGCCACGACGGCGGUUCCCGGACCGACCCGCAUCGUCACGUCACGGGAGAGUCCGUAUCCUCCGACGGAGCCCAUCCACAAUCCCCGCUCGAGCGUUUGCCCCAAGAUGCCCUGCAAGUUGUCUGUUAUCACUUGGCCGCCGCCGACCUCGGACGUCUCCUUCUCUGCAGUACGCACUUUAGUGACAUACUGGCCGAUGCGAGACUCAGUUACGUACUCGCACGCUUGUACCGGCCUAACUCGGCCGUGUCCGGUACCGUGGGGUACACGGACCUGUGUCGAUCGGAAACCGCCGCCCGGAAACUCCUGGAACAGUCCUACGGCGGCGGCGAUACCGGACAACUCCUCGUUCGCCGGAAACUUUCCAAAGCCGCCAAAGCAGCCGGACAAGUCCCCGUUCCCUACGAAUUCGUUUCGUACGCGCGUUUCCUCGAACAAGCCGUCAGCGGAUACGCCACCCUCGAUACCGGCCACGCCGCCGAACCGAUACGCUUGCCACGAUCCGUGCAAGGCCGAUUCGCUUCCGUCUCGCCGGAACAUUCCCUCUGUCGAGUCGGGGGCGACGGACAGUUCUGCGGAGCCGGAGGCUCCGGAGUCGCCGCGUGGGGCGUCGGACGGCGGGGACAGCUGGGACACGGAAAAAGACGCGACGAACGACUCCCGCGACGGCUCCGUGGAGGAAUCGGUUACGCCGUGCGGAUUGUCCAAGUAUCCGCCGGUGGAGGUCUCGUGCGUGUCGCCCACUCGCUACUCUUGACCAGUACCGGGAGAGUCCUCUCCUUUGGAACCGGACAGUACGGAGCCUUGGGACACGGAUAUUCCGCAGCCAAACAACUACCCGACGUCAUGCGUCCGCAGUACGUCGAAGGCUUGGCACACGUCCGGGUGUGCUGCGUCGCCGCCGGAGAAUUGCACUCCGCCGUGGUUACUAGUGACGGAGACGUUUACACCUGGGGAGACGGCUUUUGUGGGCAAUUGGGACACGCUGACAAACGUCCGCAACUGGCUCCGCGCCAAGUCACGGCCGGGGGAUUGGAAGACGAAGUCGUCGCUUCGAUUAGUUGCGGCAGUCGACACACCCUGGCCGUAACGGAAGACGGUGAAGUCUUUAGUUGGGGAUUGGGACACUUUGGAGUCUUGGGACGCUCCUUCACCCCCUUUGAUUACGACGCCGAUGCGGCCGUGGUCAAUUUCACCGUGGAAGAGACCCUCCCGGUGGACGGAGCCGUGCCAAUUCCUGUAGCAAGGAUUCCGGACAACGUCGCUCCGGCGGUGGACUCAUUCCCACCACGCGACGCCGCGGCACCCGCACUACUCGAAGGCCGCAACUUUGCGGCCGAACUCAUGGCUCAUUUGGAUCUCAUUGCCAAUCUGUCGCUCGACGAUUCCAGUGAUCAGUGUAUACCCAAAGUGAUCGAGUCGCUGCAGGGCAUUCCCAUGGUCGGCGCCAGCGCGGGUCACCGCCAUUCCCUGUUACUUUCGCAAGAGGGCGCACUCUAUUCGUGCGGGGCCGGCAGUGGCGGUUGUCUCGGACACGGUGACACGCAAUCCCAAAUGCACCCCGUCCGGAUUACCGCUUUCGACGAACCGGAAGAGGACGGGAGCGAGCGCACACGGAUACUGCAAAUGAGUGCCGGUGUCGACAUUAGCAUGGCCGUCUCGACCAGAGGCUCGGUGUACGGCUGGGGCAAGACCGACGGCGGCCGCAUUGGACUAGGCAUGGCCCGGAAUCAAGUCACCCUUCCGCGGCGUGUCAGUGUCUACCGGGAAGAGGACGGAUCACCGGUACUAGCGGUCGAUGUGGAAUGCGGCUACGUCCACUCGAUUGUGGUGGGGUUGGACGGGACCAUCCACAUGUGUGGCGGAGUCGGGGUGGAAGGCGAAGCCGACGGACAAGAACAGAAUGAGGAAUCCAAGUCGGCGACGGUGGGCAAGGCUCGGGCCGUGCCCGACUUUAACGUAUGGCAUCGUCUCCCCGAGCCCAAGGAACACGCUCCGAAGGAACGGUGGAAGAAAUUCGGCAAGUACGAAGUCAAAGGCCGGAGACAAAUGCUGGAGCAAACGGCGGAUUCGUAG